AUGGCCCGCACCAAGCAGACGGCCCGCAAGUCGACGGGCGGGAAGGCGCCCCGCAAGCAGCUGGCCACGAAGGCGGCGCGGAAGAGCGCGCCGGCCACGGGCGGCGUGAAGAAGCCGCACCGCUACCGGCCCGGCACGGUGGCGCUGCGCGAGAUCCGCCGCUACCAGAAGUCGACGGAGCUGCUGAUCCGCAAGCUGCCCUUCCAGCGGCUGGUGCGCGAGAUCGCGCAGGACUUCAAGACCGACCUGCGCUUCCAGAGCUCGGCCGUGAUGGCGCUGCAGGAGGCGAGCGAGGCCUACCUGGUGGGGCUCUUCGAGGACACCAACCUGUGCGCCAUCCACGCCAAGCGCGUCACUAUCAUGCCCAAGGACAUCCAGCUGGCCCGCCGCAUCCGCGGGGAGCGGGCAGCUGAAAUUCGCUCAAGAAUCUCGCCUUGGAUCGCCCUAGGCGCGCUGCACGGGGCGUGUCUGCUCUACGGGGAGAUGGCCCGCACCAAGCAGACGGCCCGCAAGUCGACGGGCGGGAAGGCGCCCCGCAAGCAGCUGGCCACGAAGGCGGCGCGGAAGAGCGCGCCGGCCACGGGCGGCGUGAAGAAGCCGCACCGCUACCGGCCCGGCACGGUGGCGCUGCGCGAGAUCCGCCGCUACCAGAAGUCGACGGAGCUGCUGAUCCGCAAGCUGCCCUUCCAGCGGCUGGUGCGCGAGAUCGCGCAGGACUUCAAGACCGACCUGCGCUUCCAGAGCUCGGCCGUGAUGGCGCUGCAGGAGGCGAGCGAGGCCUACCUGGUGGGGCUCUUCGAGGACACCAACCUGUGCGCCAUCCACGCCAAGCGCGUCACCAUCAUGCCCAAGGACAUCCAGCUGGCCCGCCGCAUCCGCGGGGAGCGGGCGUGAGCCGGGCCCGCCUUGCUGCGGAGGAGCUGGAAAGUC